AAAGUGGGAAUUUCAACACGGCUAGGUCAUUUGCAGCAACGAGCAGUCUGCUUGUAGUAGGAUGGCUUCCGAUUCUAUUCAGAGGAAAGACGUUAGGUGCUUACAACACGAAUAUGAUGAACUUCUCCAGUCCGCCAAUUUUUCUGAAAUUAAAAAACUGUUGGAAGAAGGUGAAAAGCUACGGUAUCAAGCAAGCCAUCUGGAAAAGUAUCUGAAACAAUUGGACAACCAUGUGAGGUAUAAUUCUAUAAGUAUCCAAGCUACCGUAGCUGCUUUGUUUGAUUACGCCAUAAAAACAGUGUUCAUAAAUACUAAACACUGUGUACAACUCAAUGUUCCCACUAAGCGCAGUUUUGGGGAUUAUCAGUGCAACUCUGCUCUUAGCAUUCGAAAAGAGACGAACAGUGAUCAAAAUCCAUUUGAUAUUGCAAAAUCUAUCGUUGCCGCUUUACCUGUCAAUGACUUAAUUGAAAGAGUGGACGUUGUUCUUCCUGGCUUCAUAAACAUUUGGAUUAAACAACAAUUCAUUUCUACCGAGGUCAGAAAGAUUUUACUUCAUGGAGUUACACCCCCAUUCAUACCUCAUAAAUACUCUGUGAUUGUAGAUAUGUCAUCUCCAAACAUCGCCAAAGAAAUGCAUGUGGGACAUCUAAGAUCAACUAUUAUUGGAGAAAGUAUUUCCCGUUUGCUUUCAUUUUUGGGUCACAAAGUACUGAAGCUCAAUCAUCUUGGAGAUUGGGGGACACAGUUUGGGAUGUUAAUAACCCACUUAAAAGAAAUAUAUCCUGAUCAUAAAACCGCACCUCCGAUAUCAGACCUUCAAGCUUUUUAUAAAACUUCCAAAACUAGAUUUGAUGAAGAAAAAGAUUUUAAUCAAAGAGCACAUGUGGCCGUUGUUAAACUUCAACAAAAUGAUCCUGAGUAUGUACAUGCCUGGAAACAAAUUUGUGACAUAUCACGAAAAGAAUUCGACGAUGUAUACCGUCGACUGGGUAUUGAGAAUCUUAUUGAGCGUGGAGAAUCGUUUUAUCAAAGUCGAAUGGAAGAGUUUGUUAAUGAUCUAAAAAGUCAAAAUGUUCUGCAGGAAGAUGAGGGUAGAUUAAUUUUGUGGCCACCCAAAUGCGAAGUUCCUCUCACAGUUGUAAAAUCAGAUGGUGGUUUUACCUAUGAUACAUCUGACUUAACUGCUUUACUUCAGCGUUUGCAUGAAGAAAAGGCGGAUUGGGUCUUGUAUGUUGUGGACAUGGGUCAGUCUGUUCAUCUUAACACGGUAUUUGCGGGUGCAGAAAUGCUUGGUUAUUAUAAUCCUAAUGUACACAGAGUUCAACACAUUGGAUUCGGUGUGGUGCUCGGUGAAGAUAAGAAAAAAUUUAAAACUCGUUCCGGUGAUACAGUUCGUCUUGUUGAUUUAUUGGAUGAAGGUCUUGAACGAGCAAAGAACCGAUUGCUUGAGAAAGAAAGGAAUAAAGAGCUAACUGAAGCUGAAUUUGAACGAGCUCAAAAGGCUGUAGCAUAUGGUUGUAUCAAGUAUGCUGAUUUAUCACAUAGUCGAACAAUUGACUAUGUAUUCUCAUUCGAUAGGAUGUUGGAUGAUAAAGGAAACACUGCAGUUUACUUGUUAUACGCAUAUACACGAAUCAGAUCAAUUAUAAGAAAUGCAGGUUAUUCUGAAAGAACAAUCAAUGAAAUUAGUGAAACAGUACCGCUGAAAUUUGAACAUCCUAUGGAGUUGACAUUAGCCAAAGCAUUAUGUCGUCUACCAGAUAUUUUACUAAAAAUUCAAAAUGACUUCCUAUUGCAUAGCCUAUGCGAUUAUUUGUACGAAGUGAGUUGUGACUUUACAAACUUUUACGAUGCAUGUUACUGUAUUGAACGGAAUCAAGAGACCGGUAAGUAUAUUUGUCUACUUCUUCAAUGAAGUUAAUCAUUUUUUCAGUUGACCGCAUUAUAUUCGUACUGUUACAUGAUUAGAUGUCCUAUUUUUAUUUGUUUUCUGUUGUUAAUAAUAUUAGUAACUAAUGAUUGAAGUACAUAGUGGUUUUAUUUUACUCAUCUACAUUUUACAGUGAAUUUAAUUCGUAAAAAUUAGUGCCUAAUUUGUAAUUUAUCGUACAGUAAUAUCCAGAUGCUUUUAAUUAGUAGUGUGUAUGCAGGAUAAUAAACCAGAAAUACUAAUUAUAACAAUUGACUAUGAGUAAAAUCAAAAUUAAGGUAAUGAACUAUGAUUUUUGUCGAAAUUACUGUUUUAACUGAUUGGUUUAAUCGUGAAGCUUUCAAUGUCUUUCUACAUAACAGCAGUAUAUAACUCCAAAAUUCAUCCACAACUGACUAACAGCUUAUUCGUUCGACCUUGAAUUGGAUUGGUCGUUCCAUCAGAUCAUUCCUUCUGAACUGAAAUUGUGGCCAUUAUUUCAUUUAAAACUAGUUUAACGUCAAUACACGAUAUCAUACCAGCGAAAAGAUUUUCUAAAAAAAACAUAUUCUUUAUCCUUAUUGCAUUAUUUUGGAAUAAUUCAUUCACUUUUUAACAUGUUGCAUUUUACUGUUUGUAAUAUGGAUCGUUAUUCAUUCAUUUUAGGUGAUGUUCAAAUUAAUAAAGAACGUAUUGUAUUAUGUGAAGCUACUGCUCGAGUAAUGAAAUGUGGAUUUGAUAUACUUGGAAUUGAAACAGUUGAAAAAAUGUAAAUGUUUUUGUGUUCAGUUGAACAAUAAACAACAUUUGUACAAAAGGAGUAGAUAUGUCUCAUUUCUUAUAAAAAAAAUGUAUUCUAUAACAUGUUAAUCAAGGUGUGGGAGUAGAUGUGUAGAAAUUCAAAACAACAAUAAUAGUAGUAGUAAUAACAUAGAAAGAUUUCUUUCCUGUAAUAAACAAUACUAUUUACAACGUAUUCAAAGAAAUCAGUCAUUAAAUAUUCUUAUACUUAUUAGUAGUCUAUCUGUAUGUUAAAUGAAAUAAUGUAGAUUUUUGCACAGUUUGAGUUUAAUUUUGAGAUGGUAAUUACAUACACCUAUGGAAGGCAUCUAAUUAAUUAAUUUACUACUUUUAGUUAUCACUAUUUGAUAAAUCAGUAUGAAUCCCUUGAUUCUACCUAAUAUAAGUCUACUAUCGAUCGAGUACAAUUAAAAAACACAUCUGUGUAUUAAUUUUUUCCAAACCACGAAGGGAGUUGCUGGCUGACUCGUUAACUAAGUUAUCUGGUCAUACGUCCGAGUAGUUAAAUAAUCAGUGGUAUAUAAAAAUCAGAUGAAUUAUUCCGCAUUUGACGAACCACAAUAGGUCAACUAGAAAAUGACAAACAGAUUCCUUAACACAACCACUCUCAACUUCACAAUUCAUCGACAAUCCUGAAAAAUUGGUGCUUAAACCAUCGAUAAAGUUCAUUAACCAGAAUUUCAUAUUGAAACUCGAUCAACAGAAUCUAGUUAGUACUAAGGAUUAGAAAUCACGAUGUAGGUUACUACUGAGCGAUCAUUUACUGUAAAUACGUCGUAAAUAAAUUAGUUACGGACUGAAUGCCUCAGCCUCAUUGUCUCCAACUGACAAAUGACUAAUACUUGUUCGGAGAAUUAGUUUCUUUAAGAUUGUUGACACAAAUGAGAAAGUAACAGCGAUUUGAUACCAGGCUUCAGGUUGAUUACCCCCAAUUAAUAAGCAACCAAUGUUAAGUGUUAGCUGGGACUUUGACAAUAAAUUACCAAGAAUUAUGUAUUUGCCAAAACUGUGUUUCCUAAUAUUGCGGAAAUGACCGUUUAGAAGGUUCGAAGUAUGCAUCAUUAGUGAGUGUCAGUAAGCAAUAAUAAUUUGAAUGAAAUGGCUCAAAAUCGUUUGCAAUGGUGCAGGUGCAUCCAUUCUUUGCCUUCCCGAAAUCCAAAGCUUUUGAAUUCAUUAUAAUUUUUCUGGCUUUAAUUCCACUAAUUUAUAAUUUCUUGAAUCAUACCUUCGAUGCCUAAUAUUUU